ACAAAGUUUGCAGCGUUUGUGGCGAUCGCUCAGUCGAAAACAAAUGCACACAAAAGGUAUCGACGAUUACCUGAUGAUGAAUCUCAGUGUUUGGAUAUAAUGGCAUCAAAUGAUUUAAUUGAGAGCAACAGAACGGAUACAACAAUACCAUCAAUGAUCAGAGGAUUUAUAUUCAAUUUAAACGAGUUAGAGAUUAACAAAUUUAAGGAGUUAUUCAAUUCAGUGGGUAUUGUAAGAGACCAUAAGCUCAAGUCUAUAGAGUACGAGACGGUGUGUGCGUCCGAAGCGUUUCAUGUGUUGCUAAACGGUGUGGAUCUGAUGUUACCCCGAAUGGCAAGGAUUUGGCCACAAAUUACUGGAUUCAAUGAGUUGUGCGAAGACGACAAGAUUGUGCUCCUGAAGACCUCAUGCCCUCAAAUUAUGACUUUGCAGAGUAUUAUGCUUUUCGACUUCGAGGGCCAGUUCUGGACGAUUCCUAUUAACGAAGAGAAGGCAACUCUACUGUCAAUAAAUGUUAUGAUGGGUUGGAAUCAAACAUUGGCUACAAUUCAUCAAAAAUUUAUACUCCAACAGAAGACAUACAUGUAUUUACUUCAACGCUAUUUAGAGAUUAAACACAACUCAAAGUCAGAAUCGGAGACACAUUUCAGGAGUUUAAUGAAUUGUCUGCAAUGUGACACCUCUUGUGCACGAGAAUAU